AUGGGUCGUGGCUGGGUCUUCCAACAUGAUAAUGACCCAAAGCACACAGCCAGGAUAACCAAGGAGUGUCUCUGUAAGAAGCAUAUCAAGGUUCUGGCGUGGCCUACUAGCCAGUCUCCAGACCUAAACCCAAUAGAGAAUCUUUGGAGGGAGCUCAAACUCUGUGUUUCUCAGCGUCAGCCCAGAAACCUGACUGAUCUAGAGAAGAUCUGUGUGAAGGAGUGGGCCAAAAUCCCUCCUGCAUUUGGGUUUGCCAUUUCUGGGGAUUUUGCAAAAGUAGCGUUGCAGCUUAACAGACUGUCUGGCUGUAUGGUGACAGAGGAAGGCUGUCGUUAUGUGUCUUCAGCUCUGAGUUCAAACCCCUCACACCUGAGAGAGCUGGAUCUGAGCUAUAAUCACCCUGGAGAAUCAGGACUUAAGCUACUGUCAGAUAUACAGAACCAUCAAAACUAUGCACUGAACAAACUCAAUGUGGAUCAUAAAGGAGAUUUCAGGAUUACAGCAGGACUACAUAAAUAUGCCUGUAAUCUCACACUGGAUUCAAACACGGCAAACACUCAUCUAAUUCUGUCUGAUGAAAACAGAAAGGUGACAUAUGUGGAAAAAAAACAGUUAUACCCUGAUCUGCCAGAAAGAUUUGAUGGGUGGCCUCAGGUUCUGUGUAGAGAGAGUCUGAAUGGACGCUGUUACUGGGAGGCUGAAUGGAACGGAUAUGCUGUUAUAGCAGUGACAUAUAAAGGAAUCAGCAGGAAAGGAUGGAAUGAAUUCUCUGAGUUUGGAUAUAAUAGAAACAAUAGAAACUCUUGGAGUCUGAUCUGUUCUGACUCUUUCACUGCCUGUCAUGAUAAUAAGGAAACUGUCAUUCGUGUCCCUUCAUGCCCCUCUAAGAGAAUUGGAGUGCAUGUGGACUGGCCGGCCGGCACUCUGUCCUUCUACAUGGUCUCUGGAACACACAGGCUCACACACUUGCACACAUUCACCUCUAUAUUCAUGGAGUCUCUUUAUGCUGGAUUUGGAGUUUAUCGUUCGAACUCCUCAGUAUCUCUUUGCACAAACACCUGA